CAUCGCGCAGUGUUGCGCACAGAGAAGACGUAGCUGCGACACUGGGGAGGCGAAGCCGCGACUACGGCCGUGAAGAUGCAGUGAAGGAGCUUCAGUUUCCCAGCUAAUUUACAGCCGGGCGUCAGGGCAGCUAUAAUAAAAUAACGUCGAAAUGAGCGUGAUCCAGACAGGGCACGACGGCAGGGUGGACGGCGGCAGAGGCAGCCCCGCUGACAACGGCGGCGGAUCCCCGAAGCUCCAGCAGUGCGCUCAGCCUCCCAACAGCAGCAGCAGCCGGACCAAAGAUGCCAGAUACCAGCAGCAGCAACAGCAGCAGCUCCAGCAGCAGAGGCAUCAUGGUGGGUCGAUGUGGAAACAGCCAUCCCACAACGAGCCAGCCGACGUCGUGAGGCGGGCGCUGGACUUCAAGAGCCAAGGUACCCAGUGCUACAAGGAUAAGAAGUAUAGAGAGGCUAUUGGCAAGUAUCACCGCGCUCUGCUGGAGAUCAAGGGGCUGUGCAGGGUGCUGGGAGAUCCGGACACCAGCUCCAAGUCCCCGUCCUCCCUCCUUCCCACCAUAAGCAAGUCCACCACGCUGACAGAUGAGCAGAAGGGGGCCAUGGAAAAUGCAGAGCUGGAGUGUUACAACAGCUUGGCCGCCUGUCUUUUGCAAAUGGAGCUGGUGAACUAUGAACGAGUGAAGGAAUACUGUCUGAAAGUGCUACACAAGGAAGGAAAGAACUUCAAAGCUCUUUACCGAUCCGGAGUGGCCUAUUACCACCUAGGAGACUUCCAGAAGGCCCUGUACUACCUGAAGGAGUCACACAAACAGGAGCCAUCAGACACCAAUGUCAUCCGCUACAUCCAGCUGACAGAGAUGAAGAUUCGCCGGAAUGCCCAAAGGGAAAAGAAAGAGGCGACAUAAGCACUCGCUGUCCGAUGACUUCUCACCCGUCAUGAAUUGCAGCCCUACUGUGUGCCACUCAGACCUUACACACCAUGAGUCAGAGGUCUUUGUGUGAAACGAUGUUUUGUUUGCUUUUGCUUUGCACAGCAUCUGGUUGCCAGUUAUGUGAUUGAACUUCCCCGUUGUGUGCUUGAAGCAUUUUUUAAAAAUUGUGCCAGAUACUGAGUUUUUUUCCUCCAAACCGCCAAACUUAUCUAGUAUGAACCCACCCCGAGUAUAAUUUAACCAUUACAAACUGAUGCACUGCCAGUCCAAACAUUGCACAUACAGGCCAACACUUGUGAUAGAGACAGGAGCAACAGGGGCCAUAGAGGGAAUCCAGCAUGUCUGCAGGCGAGCGUAACUGUAAAUUAGCACCUGCCCUCGCACAAGAUGUCUUUUGAAUGGCAUGGAGUAAGUGAGUAACAACCACCUACACUUCUGUGACCAUACUUUGAUUUUGAAAGUACUACGAAAGAUCACAAUUUUUAAAAAAUAAUUUCAAUUAUAUCUGAACAAAAGGUGCUUUCACUAAACACGUUUCUAACUCAAAAUACAUAAGAAAGGACAUCAAGAGCACAUGGUCGCUAAUUGCAGUAUGAAUUUAAGAGACAUAUCACAAAAUGUAAAUAGGCUUUUCUUUAUAGAAAUCACAAGAAAAUAUUACGGAGAGGUAAGCUACUCGUGUUUAUUAAUGCCAAAACGAAGCACUUCAUUCAUAGCAUUUACUGUAUCAACAAAUACUGUGUGUUUACUGUAAAGGUAUGCGUGUAAUAAAUGUGUCUAUUGAUUGAAUUUUUUUUUUUGUGGUGCUGCAGCAGUGGAUUUCCCUUCAGUUUUUCAUUUUCCUCCUAUGUUCCUUACAAGCUAAACUAGUUCUACGGAGAAAUGCUGGCG